AUGCCGUUCAGAUUCCCCUUGAAGUUUGAGAUUCCAAAACACGUGCACAUCAACGCCAGAGUGUUACGAGACCAGCACAAGAGAUUGCAGUUUGCCGAGCACGAAGUGACGAGAAACGCCUUGAAAUACAUUGCAAGAAACGAGGAAUUGCCCACUAGGGUCCGCGUCGAAGCGCAGUUGCAGUUGACCAGUAUGCCCAAAUAUACAUGCCCCGUGCAGAUCAAAGAUCGUUGCGUGGCUACGGGGAACUCCAAGUCGCUAAUCCGCGAUUUCAAGUUGAACAGAACUGCAUUCCGGGACCGUGCUAGGGCCGGUCAGAUCCCCGGUGUCCACCCUGCUUCUUGGUAA